CACAAUUUAUGUCUGGUCAAAGUAAAACCUUCAAGAACAUGUUUCAACCAGCAGAAUAGAUUCACCUUACCAGACGACGUUUUUGAAGAUCACACGCUGGUUGACAUUCACGGGCGGCCUCUCUGUAUAUAUUGCUCAAUGCAUACAGGUCGAUUUGUAUCAAAAUUGAAAGGAUGAUCAUGGAAGAUAACUUGAUCUGUUACUUUGCUCUCUGCCUUCUUAUUCCGAUCACUUUGAAGCUCUUGUUCCAAACAAGAUCAGGAUUGAAAAAGCUCCCUCCAAGUCCGCCUUCUCUUCCUAUACUGGGCAACCUUUUGCAACUGAAACAACCUCUCCAUAGCCACCUUCAUUCCCUCUCUCAAAAAUAUGGCCCCAUCUUCUCUCUCCGUCUCGGCUCUCAUUUUGCUGUCGUCGUUUCAUCUCCCUCCGCUGUUGAGGAGUGUUUCACCAAAAACGAUAUCAUCCUUGCCAACCGCUUUCGCAACAGCAAGACCGAGUACAUCAGUUACAACAACACCGUGCUCAUCACAUCUUCCUACGGGGACCAUUGGCGCAACUUACGUCGUAUAUGCUCCCUCGAGAUCCUCUCAACACACCGUAUCAACUCAUUCUCCAAUCUCCGAGUCGACGAGGCCAAGCUGUUGCUUCGCAAGCUGUCUCGCCAGUCUCGCAAAGACUUCGCGAAGGUGGAGUUGAGGUCAAUGUUUUCAGAUCUGACCUUUAACAACAUAAUGAGAAUGGUUGCCGGAAAACGGUAUUUCGGCGACGAAUCUGAUUUAACCAACAUGGAGGAAGCGAAGCGGUUUAGAGAUGUCAUGGACGAGAUCUCAUCUUUCAGUUUGGGAUCCAAGGAGUCAAACCUUGGGGAUUUUUUGCCUCUGUUCCAGUGGAUUGACUUCAAUGGUUACCGGAAGAGAUUGCGAAGUGUUGGGAAGAAGAUGGAUGAGCUGUGGCAAGGGCUGAUCGACGAGCAUCGAUAUAAGAAGGAAGGAUUGGAAAGCACUAAUACUUUGAUAGAUCAUUUACUCGCAUCCCAAGAAUCACAACCCGAGUAUUACACUGAUGAAAUUAUCAAAGGCCUUAUUAUGGCGUUGAUAAUAGCAGGAACAGAAACUUCAGCGAUCACAUUAGAGUGGGCAAUAUCACAUCUGUUGAACCAUCCAGAGGUAUUAGAAAAGGCAAGGAUUGAGUUGGAAGCUGAGGUUGGAGAAGAGCGCCUUGUAGAAGAAGCAGACGUGGCCAGACUGCCAUAUCUUAAGUGCGUCAUCUCUGAGACUCUGCGGCUGAGCCCGGCGGCCCCAAUGCUCCUACCCCAUGUGGCUUCAGACGAUUGCUCCGUAGGGGGUUAUGAUGUGCCACGUGGCACAAUGUUGCUUGUAAAUGCGUGGGCUAUCCACAGGGACCCUAAUCUAUGGACUGAUCCAAUGAGCUUUAGGCCCGAGAGGUUUGAAAAUGAGGAAGCAGACGCCCGUAAGCUGAUAGCCUUUGGAAUGGGGAGAAGGGCCUGUCCAGGAGCAGGCUUGGCCCAACGAACAGUAGGGUUGACUUUGGCAGCAUUAAUACAAUGUUUUGAUUGGAAAAGGGUCGGAGACGAAUAUGUUGACAUGACUGAAAGGGCGGGAUCGUUGAUGUUCAAGGCCAUUCCGCUGGAGGCUCAAUGCAAGGCACGUCCCAUACUCAGCAAGAUUCCAUUAUAAGCCUAUAACCGUAGACAAUACUCUGAUCGUGCUGUUAUUUUAAGGCUUCAAGUCAAAGUCCAGCAUAUUGGCUUCGGAGCCCGAACUUGCUUUA